UUGCUGAACACCAGAGAUUUUUCAGAGAUGAUGAGGAUGAUGCUCAGAAUUGCUCUCUGCACUGAAAUGGACUUGUUUUCAUUUACAAACUCGGAUAACCGCGCCUGACAACUUUUUCCACAAUUAACUAAGGACGCUGAAAAAAUGGCUAAACUGUUUCCUGAUACUCUUGUGUUAAUUUUGAGUUUGUUAAACAUUUUCACCGUGGGAGACCUGCACUCAUUUCAAGACUUGUCUGAUGAUCCGAACAAUAUUUUACAUCAGCAGACAGAAGCAGAGCUCAUUUCAGCUUCACACACACACACAAGAUCCAAGCGCUGCACCUGCUACUCCUUUAAGGACAGGGAAUGUGUUUAUUACUGUCACUUGGGCAUCAUCUGGAUCAACACCCCACAACGCACAGUUCCCUAUGGCAUGUCAAGUUACCGCAGCCCUCAGCGACUGAGACGCUCCACUGGGACAGUAGCGGUGGCGCUUCAUCGCUGCACAUGUGCUGACCACAAGGAUGCCCAGUGCUACAACUUCUGUGAUGCAAGAACACAGAAUGUGCCAGAGAGAAGAUUGCGAGGACGUACACCUGGGUAAAAGCGCUGGCUUCUCGUCCCAUCAUGAGCCUCUGUAUAGGACUAAUGAUCAGCAUCAAACCGGGCACCUAACUUGGUACAGGUUUUGGAUUUUUACCAGAUGUGGAGCAAAACAUACCCUGCAUUCCUCUACGUGUUAUAGUUCCUGGAACACCCUUUCCUCAUCUGGUCCACGGUAACAAGUGAAUUCUUUAGACAACUCUGCAGAUUUCGGAAGGAUGUCUGUGUGGCACCCACAUGUUUGCUCUCAUUAUGUCCACUUGUUUCAGUGUUUCACACUGACUUUACAUCUACAUUUAAUGCACAUACUCAGUGGACAUCCUUUGGGAAUUUAGGAGUCUUGGAAGUAGACCUGACACUCAUCAUUAUCUCCACUUUGUGGGCAUAAUUUCAGAGAAAGCACAUCGAGGGAUUACUGUGUGAGGAUGGAGAUGAAGUAGGUCUUAAAUUUGUACAUGUACUGAGGCUUCUUCACUCUCCCCGAUAGUGGAAAAUGAAACACUUAAGAUUGUUAUUGUGGAUGAACUCAACUCGUCUUCUGAGAGAAAGAUUAACUGCCACAAUUUAUAACCUCUAGAUAAUAUCCUAUACAUUUUUACUCAUUUUAUCCCGUCUCCACAACAACUUAUACUAACAACUUAUACUUAUUCAACUAUACUAAACUAUGACCUGAGAGUUUAAUUUAUUUAUGUUUAGGUACCAAAACGCUUUAUUCACCAAAUCAUUUAACCCUCUGCUAUUGUUCAUCAAGGAGUCAUACUUGUGUUGUGAUGUGACCGAACAUCUGAAAUAACAUAUUUUUGUUUAAUAUUUUUCCUUUUGUAUUUUGAGAGGAUGUUAUGUUCCUAAUUAAUAUAAAUGCAAAUUGUAC